AUGAGUUCGCGGAAGUGCUCAGAUGGUUUGACGUUGAUCAGCGAUGACACGGCAAUCGGUGACGUAGUUCGCGAUAUCAUCCUCCAGGGUCCGCAUGAGGAACCGCUCCACGUGCUCGACUUGGAUGAUGUAGUGCAAAAACAUUAUGGCUGGUGUGAACAGAUGCCACGCGUCAGGCCUUUCUAUGCGGUGAAGUGCAACGAUGACCCACGUAUUCUGCAGACUCUGAUAACGCUCGGACUCGGGUUUGACUGUGCAUCGAAGGGUGAGCUGGAGCGUAUGCUCGACUUUGGUGUGAAGCCGGAGCGAAUCAUCUUUGCUCAGCCAGCCAAAUCCAUACCGUCACUCUUGUAUGCGCGCUCGAAACAGGUGUCCGUCAUGACGUUUGAUAGCGCGGUCGAGUUAGAGAAGAUACAUCAGUACUAUCCUGAGGCUCAACUGGUGUUGCGAAUGCGCCAUGACUCGCUGAAGGUAAUCCGCGUAUUGGGCAAGAAGUUCGGUUGUGAUCCUGUUAACGAGGCACCGGCAUUGCUACAUAAGGCGGCCCAACUGCGGUUGAACGUAGUAGGUAUCAGCUUCCACGUUGGAUCAGACUGUGAAGAGCAUGAAGUUUACUACGAUGCUGUAAAGAUGGCCCGGAGCCUGUUCGACUACGCCUUAAGUAUUGGUUACGACUUAACCAUUCUGGACAUUGGGGGUGGAUUCCCGGGGGAUCGUAACAAACCGAUCGAACGUUACGCCAAGGCAGUGAACCGAGCUAUCGAUCAUUUUUUCCCUGACGGGGAGAAUGUUCGGAUAAUUGCGGAACCGGGGCGAUACUACGUGGCCUCCGCGGUCACGUUGGUAUCGUUUGUGGACUCCAAACGUUUCGUGACAGAGCGCCAGGAAGAUGGAAUCGCACGAACCAGGAUUUUCUACUAUCUCAACGACGGUAUAUACGGAUCAUUCUACUUCACGGCACAUGAAGAUCAAGAGGCGCUCCCUAUUGUACAACGCAAGGCUGGUGCCAAAGAGUACAGCUCAUCCGUUUGGGGGCCAACAUGUGAUGCCGCGGAUGUGAUUCUACCCGACAUAAUGUUGCCGGAGCUAGCCAUCGGGGACAGUGUUGUGUUCGAGAAUGUUGGAGCGUAUGGUAUCGUUCGAGGGGCCGCGUUCAAUGGAUUCCUGCUACCAAAGGUUAUCGCAUACUUACGCGAAGGAACCUGGAAUAUGUUGGAAGAUUUGACUGCUUGCGCAAGUACCAAUGGAGUCCAUCGGUCACUCGUGGCGCCUAAAAACCCAACACCCUCAGAGGAAGUAUCAUCUUGGGUUGACAUAAGAAGUAUUUGUUAA